AUGGAGGAGUCAGCUGUGCAGAAAUUGUUGGAAAAGGCAGCCCGCAGGGCAGAGCGGACAGCUGUCAUGGAUACAUGUCCUCCACAAGAUGAUGAACCGAAUGUGGGAAGGACACAGCAAGUUUCUCAAGAUGGGAAAAGUCGAAAGGUUCGAAGGAUGAUGCCACUGGAAGCAGAUUCUGAUGCAUCUACUGUGCCAGCUUCAGAGACUGAAAUCCAACAGAAACUUGCACUGUCAAAGAAGCAAGUGGAGCCAGAGACAGACAACUCCAACAAGACUGACAGCCAGAGGCCAAAGCUCCCCCAGAGGAUCCAAAGCAAAGAACUUUUGAAAGACGAGGCAACAUCACCGAACCAAAGUCAAGGCAAUCCAGGUGUCAGAACUCAGGCAACAGCAGUGAAAGCAAAAGCCCAACCAAAGGUGGCUUUCAAAGAAGAGACUGAGACUACUGCCCACGCAGUGGCGCAAUGCCUUGCCAGGAAAUCCACAGCCGAGCUCAACGGUGGCAGUUCUGGUGGUCCAUCUCCAGCAGGAUCAGCAGAUCAAGAACAGGACGCAAGUGACUCAGAAUCAGAGGUUAACAGCGAUGUGGAGUCCGAAGAGUAUGAGCGAAAGGAAGCGCUUGUGAAGGCCAAAAAAGCUGCACACGCGCGCUAUAUGCGCUUUAGCAGGAGCUUGACAAGCAAACGAACACCUAUCGAGGUACGCCGGGCAGGGGCCGCGGCAAAGAAUGAUUCCCCAAAGUUACAAAUGCUACAGGAGCAGUGGGCCAGUUGCAAGGGCAUAUGGAGCCAAAGUGACUUUGUCAUCCGUUUGCGACAGAAGACCCGCCAACGCCAGUAUGGCGCCAGACGCUGGAUGACGCGUCAGGAGUUGAUCUGCAAGUACUCAAGCUGUGCUAUCGCAGACAAAAUCAUAGCAGCCAAGCAGGGAGACAAAGAAGCAAAAAAAACCCAGAUAAGGAGCCACCCUGACCUUCACGGGGAUGACUCGGACGACACCAGGCAAUAUCUUGUUUGGGACAAAGAAGGCUCUGAAAACACAACAGACCAUGUCUGCUCUGAAUUGUUCACAGCCGCUGAGAAGGGGGAUGACCCCCUUGAGACUCGCAGGGGUCGUUCUAGGAAGAGGAAGGACAAGAAAGGUCGCAAGAGCAACAAGAAGAAAAGAAAGGGUUCUACUUCUUCGACCAGGUCCAGUUCAAGCUCAUCAUCUUCACAGGAAAAGGUGGAUUCAAGUUCUUCAAGCUCGGAGGCAGCAAAGAAAAAGAAGAAGGGCAAGAGCAAGACUGGUAAGACCAAAUCAAAAAACGGUAAGGCUUCCAAGACGGCUGCCAAGGCCAAAGGAAAGAAAGACAAGAAGGACAAAGACAAGGACAAGGACAAGAAAAAGCCAAAGGAGGUGAUCUCAUCUGACAGUUCAGAUGAAAGUGAAGAGCCAGAAGAGACAGAGGAAAAAAAGCAGAAGCGAUUGGCGAAGGAAGCUGAGGCACAAAAAAAGAAGGAGGCAAAGGAUGCAGAACAAGCGAAGAAAAAGGCUGAACGUGAGAAGAACCAAGAAUUGAAGAAAGAACAAAAGAAAGGCACACAGGCCUUGUCGAAGCUUGGUGCCAACAUCUUGAAGGCAGCUGGCUUGGAUGAGAAGUUGGAGAGCAUGAGCAAGUCUGUGAAAGAUGCUAUUUUGAUGGAGGUCAAACCCCAUCUCGACAAAUUGCGCUCUACAAGAAGGUCUUUGCAGAAUGCCGUGGACUCUGCCCAGGUCGGACACUUGGGAUCUAUGCACAGCUUGAUUGCCAAAGCUGACAGCGUCAAUGCGGACUUUGUGACGAUGGCCAGGUUUCUUUUCUUUGGGGAUAUGCGAGAUGCAGUGUUCAAGGAAAAAAGGCACAAG